AUGACCUCCUGCAGCCGCCAGUUCACCUCCUCCAGCUCCAUGAAGGGCUCUUGUGGCAUUGGGGGCGGCUCCAGCCGCAUCUCCUCUGUCCUGACCUCAGGGUCCUGCCGGGCCCCCAGCACCUACGGGGGCCUGUCAGCCUCUUCCUCCCGCUUCUCCUCCGGGGGAGGCUUUGGGAUGGGGGGUGGCUAUGGUGGUGGCUUCAGCAGCAGCAGCAGCAGCGGCUUCGGUGGGGCCCUGGGUAGCGGCUUUGGUGGAGGAUAUGGUGCUGGCUUUGGUGGUGGCUUUGGUGGUGGCAUCGGUAGUGGCUUUGGUGGUGGUGAUGGCCUGCUGGUGGGCAGUGAGAAAGUGACUAUGCAGAACCUCAACGACCGCCUGGCCUCCUACCUGGACAAGGUGCGGGCCCUGGAGGAGGCCAACACUGACCUGGAGGUGAAGAUCCGUGACUGGUACCAGAAGCAGCGGCCAACUGAGAUCAAAGACUACAGCCCUUUCUUUAAGACCAUCGAGGACCUGAGGAACAAGAUCCUCACAGCCACUGUGGACAAUGCCAAUGUCCUCCUGCAGAUUGACAAUGCCCGCCUGGCAGCCGAUGACUUCCGUACCAAGUAUGAGACGGAGCUGAACCUGCGCAUGAGCGUGGAGGCUGACAUCAAUGGCCUGCGCAGAGUGCUGGACGAGCUGACCCUGGCCAGAGCCGACCUGGAGAUGCAGAUCGAGAGCCUGAAGGAGGAGCUGGCUUAUCUCAGGAAGAACCAUGAGGAGGAGAUGAACUCCAUGAGAGGCCAGGUGGGCGGAGACGUCAACGUGGAGAUGGAUGCAGCUCCUGGCGUGGACCUGAGCCGCAUCCUGAACGAGAUGCGUGACCAGUAUGAGAAGAUGGCCGAGAAGAACCGCAAAGAUGCUGAAGAAUGGUUCUUCAGCAAGACCGAGGAGCUGAACCGCGAGGUGGCCACCAACAGCGAGCUGGUGCAGAGCGGCAAGAGCGAGAUCUCGGAGCUGCGGCGCACCAUGCAGAACCUGGAGAUCGAGCUGCAGUCCCAGCUCAGCAUGAAAGCAUCCCUGGAAAACAGCCUGGAGGAGACCAAAGGCCGCUACUGCAUGCAGCUGGCCCAGAUCCAGGAGAUGAUCGGCGGCGUGGAGGAACAGCUGGCACAGCUGCGCUGCGAGAUGGAGCAGCAGAGUCAGGAGUACAAGAUCCUGCUGGACGUGAAGACGCGCCUGGAGCAGGAGAUCGCCACCUACCGGCGCCUGCUGGAGGGCGAGGACGCCCACCUUGCCUCUUCGUUCUCCUCUGGCUCCCAGUCUCACAGAGAAGGAUCCUCCACCAGUCGCCAGAUCCGCACCAAGGUCGUGGAUGUGCACGAUGGCAAGGUGGUGUCCAGCCACGAGCAGGUCCUUCGUUCCAAGAACUAA